AUGGGCGAAGCCCCCGAGCAUAGCCGGCGGUGCCACACCCCGGUCACCGCCACCAACGACCCUGUCCGUCGUCUUGACGUGCCUCACAUCGUCGCAUUUGGUCGUCGAAAUGCCGGCAAAUCUCGCGCUCUCGAGGCUAUUGCUAGCAUCAACUUCCCAAUCUCUUUCAGUAGUUCUGCCCACUACGUGACUGAGCUCACCAUGAGCCCCGGUCCCGCGUUUCGCGUCACCGCGUCAGUCCGGCUCGCGGACCCCGACGCGCGGGUCCGGGAGCUUUGCACGGGGCACUGCCUCGCUGACGUGCAGCGCUGCCUCGACGAGGCUAGGGCUGCGUUUCCGAGAACAGAUCCCGAAGGUGACUUGUCCGACAGCGUCCUCGAAAUCUGCAUUACCGGACCCGGCCUGUUUCCGCUGCGGCUGGUCGACGUGCCCGGCGCCUCCUUUACUGAACGCAAGGAACAGGUUGAGGUCCAACGUGGAUGGAGUACCGCUGUCACUACAGCAAAAGUCACGAAUAUCAUACGCGGAUAUGUGAAGCCUCAAAAUACCGUCAUUCUUGCUGUUGUCGCGGCCGAGGAUGCUGCUCGUGCUUGCAGCGACACUGUCACGGUAGCCGCAAGGUACGACCCCGAGAAAAGGCGGAUUCUUGGCAUUGUCACCAGAGCAGACGGCGCGGACAAUGCCGCGAGAUCAAGCGAAGCAUACCAGAGGCUUGAAAACAAGCUGCACUGGGGAUGGCAUCUGCUCGGCGGCAGUGCCAGCACGGGCACGUCGGCGGACGAGGCCGAGGACCCCGAUGCGGACGACUCGGGUAUUCCUGGACCUAAUUCGGGAGCCGCCUCCCUGCACGAAGCACUCUGUGACUUGCUGUUCCAUCAGAUGCAAGCCCAGAUUCCGGCGGUGAAGGGCUCCGUCCAGGCGAGCCUGGCCGAGCGCCUGCAGAGCCGUGAGGCACUGGGUCCGGAGCGGCCGGCGCUGCGGGACCAGUGGUUCUUCCUCGUGCAGAGCGCCUUUGCGUUCCAGAAGCUGUGCCGCGACGCCCAGCAGCCGGAAUACCCCGACGACGGCGCCGCCGCCUUCUUCCACACCGGCGGCGAUGCGGCGCAGCUGGGCACACGACUGCGCUGCCUCGCCCGCGCCUUUAGUCAGAUCGUGCACGACUACGGGGCUGUCGGCAACACGGUCCGGGACUACGCUUCGUAUGCAUCGGUCCCGCCACCGUCGAAGCGCCUCUCGGAGCUCCUCGCGCUGCAGCCGCGGCGCCCGCGCGCGGCGACGCUGCAGCACAUCCCGCUCGAUGAGCUGCAUAUCAACGCCAAGGCCAUGGAGGCGAACGGUGGACAGUCACCAGCCGCCUCGGCCAGGGCGCUCUUUCGGAGACUGGCGGCAAACUGGAAAGCGCUGGCGUGGCAGUAUGUGCAGCAUGCGCUGUGCGAGUGCAGGGCGUUUGUCGAGCUCGCCUUUGAACAUCUCGUGCCUGCGUACGGGCACACUAGGGAUCUCCUUGUCGCUCGUUUUGUUGAGCCCUUUUUUGAAGAGUGCGAGGAAGCUCUCGCGGUCAAGGUGGACGAGCUUGCAGAGCCGUAUGAGAAAGGGUACUGCUCGCUGUCGGAACCGACCGUUUCUGAAGACAUCCCGGUUAAAAAAGUGCGAGGAAAAAGGCCGCCGUCCAUCCUUGAGACGGUGGAAAGUUACUACGACGAAUCGCAAGCGACCUUUACCGACAAUGUCGUGAGCCUCGCCGUGGAGCGCUGUCUCGUUCGGCGCAUCGGGACCUUGUUUACGCCAGAGAUAGUCCGCUGCAUGUCCGACGAAGAAGUCGCGGAAAUUGCCUCGGAAUCGCUGCACACGCAAGCGCAAAGGAAGCUACUCGAGCAGCAAAUCGAGACGCUCACAUCGGAGCUCGACUACUGGUGCAGAUUCAGGGCUACAAAAGCGCAUUUCAACCUCGUGCUUCCAAGUGAGUUUCAGGCGAGCUCGGCGCUCGCAGACACCAUGGAGCCAGCGCCUGUCAAGUAA